UUCUUUGGAUGAUCAGACCUUAAAAUGAAAAUAAAAUAAAUAGACUGAAAGCAAAGUUUGUUUAAAGAAAACCGAUCUGAUAUAUUCUCAGCCGGGUACGUGUUCCCAGGAUCAGCCAGCAGAGGGAUAUUAAUUCCUUCUUCGUGACAAACAGGAGUCAACCCACCAAGAAAAAAAGAGGUGAUAAUCUGUUGCCUGGUGGAGUUCAAAAUGGGGCAUCAAUCAGUUGACUUUGGUUUCUUGCUUUUCUUUGCCCUGGACAAACCAUCGCUCGCUGGAGGGUGUGAAUUGUGAAAACCUAUUGUUACUUUUAGAAGGUGAAGGAGAAGGAAAUGGAGGUACAGCAAUCAUGGAGGGUGAGAUUGUCCUUCAAGAACGCUACGAUAGUCUUGACAGUAUUGAAUGUGAUCACUGCCCUUUUCUUGCUCCAGGGCUUUCUCUCUUCUGCCUCUUCCCGCAACAACAGACUCUCAUCUAACCAAUUCAAUUCAGUUCAGCUGAAAUACAUCAAGGAGUCUGAAGAAAUACGCCUUGCCUUGCAACCUUGGGCACUGAUAAAAAGAGUUAAGGAAAUUGAACAAGAAGCUUAUGCAGAACCAGAAACAGUGCAACAGAAAGAAACAAAGCAAACUGCUGCUGUUGAUCUUUCUAAAAGAUUAAAGGAUUUCCGUUCUGUUAAUGAUCCUGCCAGCUUGAAAGCUCUGGAGGAAUGGCGGAAAAGAAAGAUGGAACGAGCCAGACUACGACAACUGGAGAAGAAUGGAACAGGGACAUCUUAAGCUUGAUGAGCCUCCAUUAAUGGUUCUGAUCUGAUGAUUUAUAUCUACUUCAUGAAAGUUAUCUCAAAAUAUAUACAUGUACAUAUUGCAACCGUGACUUCAUAUGAGAUCUGCCAGUUUGAAUCCAAAUAAAUGAAACUGAAAGUUUAAAAUC